GCGGAGAAAAAGCCCGCCGUCGCCGUCGAUGCCGACGAGGAGCCCAAGGCGGAGAAAGCCCCCGCCGGCAAGAAGCCGAAGGCGGAGAAUUAUAGUUUGUAUCUAUUCAUUAUUGUAUCUGUUUACCAAACUUUAUAGCAGAUUAGCGCAGGUUCUGGGUUUAAUAAUUGAUCAGCUGGGGUUUAGAAGAAUGGGUUUAAAAUCUGAAAACCAAAAAGAAAAUAAAACUCUUCAUCUGUCUCCACUCUCCAAUUUUGUGGAUUUAUUGGUUUGUUUCAUUUUUUAUUUUAAUUUUUUAGGGCCUUUGACAAGUUCAGAUUUGUCUAAUUCUGGUAAUGGACCUCACCUCAGAGUUGCUUAUCAGGGUCUUCCUGGUGCUUAUAGUGAAUCUGCAGCAGCAAAGGCGUACCCGAACUGUGAGGCGGUUCCCUGCGAACAGUUUGAAAGUGCCUUCGAUGCUGUUGAACGUUGGCUUGUUGAUCGUGCAGUGCUUCCAAUAGAAAAUUCAUUAGGUGGUAGCAUACAUCGCAAUUAUGACCUUUUACUUCGCCAUAAAUUACAUAUUGUUGGUGAAGUGAAAUAUGCAGUACGACAUUGUUUACUAGCCAACCAUGGUGUGAAAUUACAAGACCUGAAAAGAGUUCUCAGUCAUCCACAAGCUCUUGCCCAGUGUGAGCACACACUAACGAAGUUGGGAGUUGUUAGAGAAGCUGUUGAUGAUACAGCAGGUGCAGCACAAUUUGUGGCUUCCAAUAAGCUUCAAGAUGCAGGGGCAGUUGCAAGUGCAUUAGCCGCUGAGAUCUAUGAUCUGAAUAUUCUUGCUGAGGAUAUUCAGGAUGAUACUGAUAAUGUCACUCGCUUCUUAAUGCUUGCACGAGAACCCAUUAUUCCAGGCAUUGAUAGAACGUUCAAGACAAGCAUAGUUUUCUCCUUAGAAGAAGGUCCUGCUGUUCUUUUCAAGGCACUUGCCGUUUUUGCCAUGAGAGAGAUCAACCUCACAAAGAUUGAAAGUCGACCUCGGAGUAAAAAGCCCUUCCGUAUAGCUGACGAAGGAGUCAUUGGGCCUCUAAAGUACUUUGAUUAUCUCUUCUAUGUUGAUUUUGAAGCAUCAAUGGCUUCACAAAAUGCUCAGAAUGCCCUUAGGCACCUUAAGGAAUUUGCAACAUUCUUGAGAGUUCUAGGCAGCUAUCCAAUGGAUAUAAGCCACACAUGAAGAUAUUUGCAGGCAUAUCAAAGCAGUGGGACCUACUGUUGAUCGAAGAAUGAAGAUGGAAAGAGCUGCAUGCAAUUGUUAAGAAAAGGAUAUGUUACGACAUUUGAAAUUUUGAAUGGAUCAUAUAGUUAGGUCAGAGCAGCAGAGGGAUGUCAAUUAUCCAGAAUCAUCAUAAUCUUUGGUUUGGAAUUUUGACUUUUUUGCUUCUAAAAUGUACAGCACCUUUGCAGAAUGAAAAAGGAAUGAUCCUUUUUUUUUUCAGUAUAACGUGUUCGAAGAAAAAAAAAACUGGGGCGUUGUACUUAUGUCAUCGUGCAUGCUCUAAUGUUAUGCGUAUGAGUCGCCAAA